AUGGACAGCCGGGAAUCGUUCGAAGAGGUUAUCAGACUUCGAGAGCAAAUCUUGGAGACGAAGGCGAGUGCCACCAGCGGCGGGAGUCGUGGACGCCGGCAAGCACCUAGGGUGCCAAUGGCAAUAGCCGGCAACAAGACUGUCCAGCCCGAAGAAGCUCAAGCAUACUGCACCACCCAAGAUUCCGCGUGCGUAUUCGUAGAAACGUCGGCAAAGAAAAACUUCCAUGUCGACGAUCUAUUCUACGAGUUGUUCGUCGUAGCCAAUCUACCGUUAGAGAUGGCACCGAAUCAUCACAAGCGCGUAAGCACGGCAUUCGGCAGCCCGUGUACCCUCCCUCCUACGAGUAGCCAAAGCAAUAGAAGUAAGAAAUGCACGCUUUCUAUUAAAAGGAGGCUGUCAGACGCGUGCGGCGUUGUCGCCCCUAAUGUACGUCGACCAAGCAUCAGAACAGAUCUCAUGAUUAUGAGAACGAAGACUUGUGCCAAAGGAGACAGUGACAGCGCCAGCGGUAGUCCCAAGCUCAACUUGAAUAGACUAGUUCGCACAAGCGGACAAAGCGACAAACGUUCGUGUAUUAUUCAGUGA